AUGGCCCAGCCAACGGCCGAGCCCGUCGAGGACUAUGACUACGAGUCCCUCCCACCCAAUUUCUCCCUCGCGCAGAACAUGGCCGCCGGGGCCUUUGCUGGUAUAGCUGAACAUACUGUGAUGUAUCCGAUUGAUGCUAUCAAGACGCGCAUGCAAAUUAUCAAUCCUUCCGCAGGCGCAGCGUACAAGGGGAUGAUCCAGAGCACGAUGCGCAUAGCAAGUGGAGAGGGCGUCUUGAAGCUAUGGCGAGGAAUGUCUAGUGUUGUGGUUGGAGCCGGUCCCGCGCACGCAAUCUACUUCGCGACGUACGAGGCCGUCAAGCACCUGAUGGGCGGCAACAGAGCCGGUGUCCAUCAUCCUCUCGCGGCCGCCACAAGCGGAGCUUGCGCAACUAUAGCCAGCGAUGCGCUCAUGAAUCCCUUCGACGUCAUCAAACAACGUAUGCAAAUCCAACAUUCAAGCAAGAUCUACCGUUCGAUGACAGACUGCGCCCGCUACGUAUACAGAACCGAGGGCCUAUCCGCGUUCUACGUCUCCUACCCGACAACUCUGUCCAUGACCGUCCCCUUCACCGCGCUGCAGUUCCUCGCCUACGAAUCGAUAUCCACGACUAUGAACCCCGUCAAGAAAUACGACCCCUUUACGCAUUGCAUGGCGGGUGCCGCUGCCGGCGGGUUUGCCGCUGCCCUGACAACCCCCAUGGACGUAAUCAAGACGAUGCUACAGACUCGCGGCAGCGCCGCUGAUGCGGAACUCCGGUCGGUAAACGGGUUCAUGGCGGGGUGCAGGCUCAUGUACCGGCGAGAAGGCUUGCGCGGAUUUUUCAAGGGUGUUCGGCCGAGAGUCGUGACUACAAUGCCGAGUACGGCGAUUUGCUGGACGGCUUACGAGGCUUCAAAGGCCUACUUUAUUCGCACCAAUGCAGCGGCAUCGUGA